AUGAUCCGACCACAACGGGGGGGAAACAAUCACUCUGAAGAUGCCGUCUGCGAUAAGACUGUGCAGCAGAGGACCUCUCAGAGAAGAGGCCACAAAAGCGAUGAAGAGAUCGGGUCCUAUUUCGGUUCCGAACUCUGUCCGCUGGACCUGGAUGGGGAUGGUUUGACCAACUACCUCUUGGUGGGAGCGCCGUUUUUCCACGUCCGCGGCGAGGAAGGCAAGGUCUACCUGUAUCGCUUGGACCGACAGACUGACCAGUUCGAUCUGGCCGGACACCUAAGCGGUCACCCAGGCAUUGCUUUUGCCCGGUUUGGGUUUGCGGUCGCCAGCGUCGGAGACGUGGACCAGGACGGAUUUGGGGACGUCGCUGUCGGAGCGCCUUUGGAGGAAGAGGAAUCGAACCCAAACGCUUUCGGCAGCGUUUACAUCUUUAACGGCAAACAGGACGGGAUCCGGAGGUCCUUCUCCCAGAGGAUAACAGCUGCCCAAACUGGUCCUCUGGGCCUUGUCUAUUUUGGACGGUCGGUGGCGGGGGGUCUGGAUUUCACUGGAGACGGACUCCUGGAUAUUGCUGUCGGUUCGCUAGGACGCAUGACUUUACUCCGUUCCAGAGCUGUCAUCCGACUGGAAGCCGCCGUGGAUUUUACCCCAAGCGAAAUAACCCAUUAUUACAAUAGAAGUAUCAUAACCGCAAAACUGUGUUUCCAAAGAAAGCCCCCUCCAAGUACUAGGCAGCCAGGGACAGAUCACCUCGUCAUUUACUACACGGUGGAUCUAGACGUCGAGAUGGAAAGGAAGAGAGCCCAGUUCGAAGACGGCACGGACACCGUCCGCGGCCAGGUUCCCUACGCUGUGGAUUUGUGUCCAGAGUUGAAGCUCACAGUCCUGUCGUGCCAAGAGGACUGUUUCUCCAGCAUCGCUCUCAGGCUCAGCUACCGGCUUCAGGACCCAAACGGUGAUCCAAAUGAUCCUAGCCCUGUGCUUGAUAUAUACCAGGAAUCGGAGGUUCAUUUCCAGCUGCCGUUCGUGGACGACUGCGGCAACGCGACAACCUGUGCGCCGCAUUUGAGUUUGACCGUUCAAAUGGAGAAAGAGCUGGUGGUUGGCUCCACCAAAGAAGUAGCCAUGAGGAUCUACCUGGAGAACCGGGGCCACAACUCUCACAUGACGACUUUGGUCCUGCAAUUCCCGACCAACCUCCACUUUAUUCAAGUCCGAGAGGUUUCCCCAUCUCUCGUUGACUGUGACCGCUCUGCGCCGCUCUCCGUUUCAGCCUCCGCUUUGCGCUGCAAGAUUGGGCACCCGGUGUUCAAGGCGCUUGCGGCCAAUUUUAGUGUCACUUGGCAACUAGAUGGGAAAAAGUUCCCCAACAGCUCCGCCAACAUCAUCCUAAGCGUCGCCAACGCGAACAAAAACAGCCCAGCCUUGAGAGAAGAGGUUUCCCUCAAUGUGAAAUAUGUCCUCAACGCCACCCUCAGCAGGGUCCUUCCCAUCGUCUAUGUGGUCAGCACAGGCGACCGAUCGUCUCAGAACACGGAUUUCACCUUUAACAUCCAAGGGAAGAACCCAUAUGGGGCCAAACUUGAGUUGCAGAUCUGGGUGCCGGUGAUGCUAGAGGGCCACCCGCCGCUGGCGAGGGUCAAGGAUGCGGCAGGGACACAGAAUUCCACCGUCUGCAAAGCGGAGGAUGGUUUCAGCGAGGAACCCUGGGCAGAUUUGGGACACGACGGAGAUGUUCAGACUGUGGAAGGAGUCAAAUACCGACUUGUGAGUUGUGUUGUCCUUUUGGAACGAGAGGCUGUGACGGUGACAACGGAAAUGCCUUUAGCAGAUGCUUUACAGUUCUUGAAACCCAGGACCGACUUGGUGAUUCGAGGGGAACUUUCUUUCGACAGAAACCUAUUUGUGGGCCUGAAUGCCGAAACCCACAAAACAGAGAUUCAAGUUAUCCUCCUGAAGGAGGAUGCCUUCGACUUCUUCCCUGUCGUUGUCGGAAGCUCGGUUGGCGGCUUUAUCCUUUUGCUUCUCAUCACUGUCGCUCUCUGUAAGUGUGGCUUUUUCAAGAGGAAUUACCAAAACAUGAGGAAACACGGUGAGGUUCCAGAGAGAUGCGAAGCGGAGAGUGAUUCGGAAGUGGAAUGACGGUCAAUCGUACGAGACGAAAUCGGACACAUGAGGGUCCACCCCGAUUUCUUUCUUUUUAAAAUUGAUUUGUUUAGAAAUAAAAAAUGAGAUUAAGACGAGACUAUAAAUAGAGAUGAACAGAGAUUGUAAACUGAGAUUAAACGACAUUCGCAAACCGAGAUUAAGUCGGGACUGUAAACUGAGAUUGUAAACUGAGAGCGAUCCAAGACUGAGAUAAAGCCAGAAUUGUAAUCUGAGACAGGGUUGUAAACCAAGAUUAAACCAAGACUGCAAACUGAGAUUAAAUUGAGACUGUAAAAGGUGAUUAGGGUCUAUUUUCUGAUUUGUAGAGCCAUAAACAAAGCUGGUUUCAGACAACUGUGCCCAAGACAGGCCUGUGCAGAAUUAAAUGCUCGAAAUGAGAACUUCUCUGUCUUAUUUGGCCGGAGGACCCAGCGCCUCUUGGACACAUUGUUCGCACAACGCAGCGCUUGUC